AUGGCCACAGGAACUAAGAAGAAGAGUGUGCAAAGCCGAAUCUCCAUGAUGGCGGUGGGGGAAAGUAAUGCUAGCAGCGCCAAGAUUAGCCCUGCUAACGAAGAAGAUGGGCCAAAGAUGGAUAUAAGCGGCCUGUUUGCCGAAAUGACUAAGCUUGGAGCUAUCCUAACUAGUGUUGCGGCCGAUGUAUCUCACAUCAAGUCAGACAUGGUGGAAUUUAAAAACGCGAUAAGUGCAAUCCAAACACGGAUGACCGAAGCUGAGGGCCGCAUCUCAGAUGUGGAAAACAAAAUGAGGAGCAUAACAGAGGAUAAUGGCAAAAAAGCUAAGAAGCUUGAACAACUAUGGGCUCGAGUAGACGACCAGGAAAACAGAAACUGCAGAAAGAAUGUUCGGCUUAUCGGUCUGAAAGAGGGUCUGGAAAGUGGUGGCAGCAUAAAUGAUUAUGUGAUGAAGAUACUUGUGGAUGGCCUAGGUCUACAAGGGAAGGAAUAUGAGCUGGAAAGAUGCCACAGAAAUUUACUGCAGACUUUGACCAGGAAAGUGAGACGCCGAAGGAGAGGAAAGCGAGCCGGCGCGCUCGUGCGUCUGAGGAGACGCGGACUGCGAACUGUUCUUCCUGGGAUCUUCCUUUCCAACGUACGCUCACUCAGGAAUAAGAUGGACGAGCUGGCCCUGAUGAGAAGCAUGAACAGAGACUUUGCCUCCUCCUGUGUCUUAUGUUUUACGGAGUUGUGGCUCUGCGAGGACAUCCCGGACUGCGCGCUCAAACUGGAGGGUUUUCAUCUGCUGCGCGCGGACCGGCAGGCCUCUCUCUCUGGUAAGACCACAGGUGGAGGUGUCUGCUUCUACAUAAAUAGUGGCUGGUGCACAGAUGUAACGGUGAUUGCUCAGCACUGCUCUUCCUCUCUGGAAUACCUUUUUAUUCACUGCAAACCGUUUUAUUCUCCGUGGGAGUUUGCUUCAUUCAUCUUGGCCGCUGUUUACAUCCCGCCAGAUGCGGAUGUGCAGGCAGCUCAGUGCGCCCUCGCGGAGCAGAUACUGCACAUGGAGCGGACAUUCCCGGACUCUCUCAUUAUUGCUCUUGGGGACUUUAACAAAGCCAAUCUGAGCCAAGAGCUUCCCAAAUACAAGCAGUAUAUUAAAUGCCCGACCAGAGAGGAGAGGACAUUGGAUCACUGCUACAGCACGAUCAGCGGGGCCUAUCGCGCGGUGCCCCGUGCUUCACUCGGACUUUCUGAUCACGUCAUGGUCCACCUGAUCCCCGCGUACAGACAGAGGCUGAAGCUCUCCAAACCUGUCGUGAGGGCUAAAAAACUGUGGAGCAACGAGGCUGUGGAGGAGCUUCGCACGUGUUUGGAGUCCACAGACUGGGACACAAUGAAGGCUGCUUCUAACUGCUUGGACGAGUUCACGGACACUGUCACCUCCUAUAUCCACUUCUGUGAGGACAGCAUUGUGCCAUCACGCACCAGGUUGAGUUAUAACAAUGACAAACCCUGGUUCACUCCUAAACUCAAAAAGCUGUGGCUGGAAAAGAAAAAUGCAUUCAGAAGUGGAGAAAGGGACUGCUACACAGAGGCCAAGUACAGGUUCACUAAAGAAGUGGACAUUGCUAAACAUCAGCACUCUGAGAGGAUGCAGCAGCAGAUCUUAGAGAAUAACUCGGCCUCUGUGUGGAAAAGUUUUAGGAAUAUCACCAACUACAAGCCCCAACAAUAG